AUGGCUAGCAAUAAAAAAUUUUAUCCUAUUCACCCAGGAAUAAUGUUAAAGGAGGAUCUGUUAAUAGCAAAAAACAUUAGUCAAGUCCAAUUAGCCCAAGACAUUAAUCUACCAGUUCAGCAAAUUAGAGGGAUAUGUUCAGGAAAAAAACCUAUUACUCCCAAUUUAUCUUUUAGAUUAGGAAUUUACUUUGGUAUGUCUCCUAAUUUUUGGCUUAAUUUACAAAAUGAUUACGAGCAAGAAUGCUUAAAAGAUAUUUUGGAAAGUCAGGAAAGCGGUGCUUUCCUACUAGGAAAAAAUAGUCCAUCAAGAACGAGCAAUUAUUCCGAAGGUAAUAACCCAAGUAAAGAAAAAAAUAAAAAGCCAAGUAAAUCACCGCCCCCUCCUCCUUACCAGUGGCCUAAUAAUAACUUCUCUAACAAAACUCUGGCUAAGGCCAUUAAAGAUGAUUUAAAGGAUGCUUUAAUUAAUAAGAGUUAUUUAGGAGUCUUACCAAUCAUUAAUCCUGAAGUUAUUUAUUUAGGGUUAAAAUUAGCUUCUGUUUUGGAAAUGAAAAUUAAUCAAAUCAUUCUUUUUGACCGUAAAAUUUAUAACUAUUUUGAUUUGCCGAAAGGCUACCAAAUUACUCAGCAAGCACUUCCUUUUGCUAAUUCAGGUUUUUUACCAAUUAUUAAAGGAAAUCGAAUUGAAAGGAUACCAAUUAAAAUUCUCCAAUUAGAAGAAGACACUGCCAAAAGCAUCUAUUCAAAAGAGGGAAUUAAAUUAGACUUUAACCGAGCUGGCAAUCCUUUAAUUGAGUUAGUUACUGAACCAGUUUUUCACCAAGUAGAAACAGUUUUACUGUUUAUUAAACAAUUACAAAAUCUUUUGCGAUAUUUAGAGAUUUCCGAAGCCAAAAUGGAAAAGGGUCAAUUAAGAGUUGAUUUAAAUUUUUCUUUACAAUUAGGGAACAAAUAUUCUACCCCCCGUUAUGAAAUUAAAAACCUUAAUUCUUUAGCGAAUAUUGAAAAGGCUUUAAAACACGAGGUUAACAAGCACCAGUUAUUAUUUUCUGAAGGACAAGAACCUCCAAUUAGUCAAACGCUUGGAUUUGAUGAGGAGCAACAAAUUACUAUCACUCACCGAGAAAAAACUAAUUACUAUUAUUUGCCCGAAGUUAAUAUCCCCCCUAUUAAAUUAAAA